AUGUUUCCCGGGGUUUUGUACGCGCUGCUGGCGGGGUUUCUCGGUGCCGUCGCGUCCUCAUCCGCCAAACUGUCACUCGGUACCGAUUAUCUGAAGGGCGUGUGUUAGACGGGACUGCGGACAUGGGGCGAGCAGAGGAAAUUCAGACCAGAGAACGAGACCACCGCUUGUGACUCGUUACACAUCCCGCUCAGACUGCUGUGUGGUGGUCUGCUGUUCACCUGUAACGCUGUGAUGUGGACGUUCCUGGCGAAAGCUCUCCGCAGCUCGUGUUCAUCCACCCGCACCACUGUGACCACCACCUCAUCCAACUUCAUCUCCUCUGCAUUUCUGGGGCCGCUGAUAUUCGGUGAGACGCACGUGGCUCUGUGGUGGGUGGGCGUCUCUCUCACUCUCUCUGGUCUACUGGUGCUACAUCACACGUGUCCCAGUCUCACCCAAUCACACGCCAGCAAGAGAGACGACUGA